AUGUGGACUAUACACGAAUUUAAUCUAUUUCAAAAAAAAUUGUUUCUUGUUUUGAUACCAAUUAUUAUUGUAGUUGGUAAUUUGGGAUCUUUUUUCAAUGUAAUUGUAUUCUCACGUAGUAAUAAAUUUCGAUUUAGUUCUUGUUCACUUUAUUUAAUAUUUGCUUCAAUUGGAUAUGCUAUGUAUUUAAAUGUAGUACCCUUACUAAGAUUUCUUCAGCUUGGUUUUAAUAUUGAUCCAUCAGCAAAAUGGUCAUGGAUUUGUAAAUUAAGAUUUUUUGCUAUUGGAUUUUUAUUAAUGUUGCCUCGAUCAUAUAUGGUAUUAGCUGCUAUUGAUAGAUAUUUCCUAAGUACAUCAAAUCAACAUCGUUUUUUAUCUCGUUCUAUAGCUUUAAAAAUGAUAUUAUUCGUUUGUUUAUUUUGGAUGAUAAUAUGUAUACAUGAUAUAAUUUUUUAUGAUAUACAAAUUUCAUUAAAUGGAACUGAACGUCUUUGUUCAAAUCCAUCAGGUUCUUAUUCAAUAUUUUUAAGUUUUUAUUCUAUAUUAAUAAAUGGUAUAUCAAUGCCAUUAUUAAUGUCAAUAUUUGGUAUAUUAACAUUUUAUAAUCUUAAACGUUAUCGUAAUAGAAUACAUAAUAAUAGAAUUAUUAUUUUACAAAGAAGAAAAAAAGAAGAAUGGUCAAUACUUCGAAUGCUGAUUAUACAAUUAAUUUUUACUAUUAGUUUGUCGUUACCAGUAACAAUUUAUUUAUGUUACAAUGGUUUAACACAAUAUUAUCAAAAAUCAUUCUUUAGAAUAUUUAUUGAAAAUUAUAUUUAUAAUAUGUCAACUCUUUUACAAUAUAUCAAUGCAGCUGCAUCAUUCUAUAUUUAUUCAUUAACUUCUCGUACAUUUCGUAAAGAAUUAUGUUAUCUUACUGUAUAUUAUACAAUUAAAUUCAAACAAAUUUUUAUAGAACAUUCAACAGCUUUAUUGACUCGAUUAAAUCAUUCUUUUAUAGCAUAA